UUGCCCAGGCUGUUCGCUGCGUUCCCUCUCGGAGCACUCGGAUCUCCACCACCAUGCUUGGUAUCGGGGUAUUUCUGCAAAAAAUCUUGAUUCUUUUGCACGUUACUGCGUGUGUCGUCGUUGGUAAAACACUGCUGAUACUGUUCCCUGAAGCUAUGAAAAGAUAUAUCCUAAAGCUGGGCGAAAAAAGCAGUAUGAACAACAAUCCAAAGUUCAGCUAUGAGAACUGGGGUCCGACUUUUUUCAGCUUCAAAUAUUUACUCUUUGUGCUGAAAGUGAGGUGGAAAAGGCUGGAGGAUGAAGCAUACGAGGGACAUCCUGCUCCCAACACACCAGUGGUGACUUCCAACGGAGAAGUUCGUCAGCUCCUCGAUUUCAUGCAAGAUGGAUGGGCUUUUAAAAACAAUGUUGUUAUUAAAAAUCACAGAAGCCUUGAUGAUCGAAGAGCUGCUGCACAAUUUCUCCAGAAAAAGAAUCCUUUAUGUCCAGUAGUUUUAGACCCUAUGGAAAACCCGAACAGUUCAAAAUACGCUGCAUUACCAGAAAGAUUAUAUCUACUUCAAGGAGGGAAGAUCAUCUAUAAGGGAGGAGUAGGACCUUGGAAUUAUCACCCCCCGGAAAUACGUGCCAUCCUGGAAAAAAUGAAGUAA